AUGUGGAACCCACGCAAUGAUGGGAACGGCACGAGGCGUGACGGCUCCAAUGCCGUCUCUUCCCUCCCCUUGUUGUCAUCGCAGCGACUUUAUCUUCUCGCGGCGGCCUUGUCGAUCCCACCAGGCCGGCUGCUCCGCUACAUAACGGAGGUCCAGCGCCGUGGACCACAUCCGCUCCACCAUCAGCAGCGAGAGGCGCAUUGUGACGUCAUCCGUGCAGAUGUAACCGCGAGGAGCGCCACCGACACUGCUGCCGUCGCGGACGCAUUUGGAGCUUCGCAAAGCGGGCAUCAUUAUCAUCACCCCCGCAAAUCGAAGGAUCGUUUGGAUGCGAGCACGACGGACGGCACGGAGAGCGUGCAGGAGUUCCCCCUCCUGCUGCACGGAAUUCUCAGCGUCUUGGUGUUGCCCUUUCUAAAAUUGGAGGGCUCUUCGGGGGCACCCUCCGCCUCCUCCUCGCAAAUGGCGGCGGCAGAAUCAGUGGUGACGCAGUUGAAGGAUGAUGGGGGCAAACGUUUAACGCUGCACAAGAGCGGUGGGAGCCGAAGGGUGCAGGUGACUGGUGCCACAUCUGCAGCCUCGAAAGAUUUCAUCUCGGGACGUCCAAUACGCGUAAAUAUGCAGGAGCACUUUGCGUUGCUUAAAGGUGUGAUUGUCUCUCAACAUGUAAGCAGGCCUAGUCAAGAAAGUCUUAGUGGAGCCGGCUCCAACUUCUCCAGCAGUCGACAUAGCAGCAGUAGCAGCAGCAGCAGCGGCAAGAUGAAUAGCACUAGUGACGAUGAUGGUGACGCCUCCGUGUCUUCGGGAUCGGCGGCACGCGGGGUAAAUGAGGAGGGCGAUGUUUCCGUAACAAAUAAAAAAUCCAAAUCUUUAAAGUCUCACGUCUAUAAUUUGUGUGAGAUACCGCCGUUUCAACGGGAAGCGAGCAUUGUGCGGCUCUUGUCAGAGCUUGCUGAGCCCUUUCUUGCGGAAAGACACCAUGUUAUUGGUAAUAUUAGUAGUAGUGGCGGUGGUGGUGGUGGCAGCGGAGGCCCGGGCAACAGUAACGAUGUGGAGUCUCAGACGGAUUUGCAGCAAUGUAUGAGACUUGUUCCACGGGAACUGCACACAGCCGCAGGAGUGGCACGUAUUAGUGAGUUAUACCCUCCGUUUAUGCCAUUGUUGAUUGAGGCCUUGUUGAAGGAGAGUGUACAUGGGGAUGCAUUUGGUCUUACUGCGAGAAGGGUCGUUGUGCGGUUAAUAGAGUUAUCGGCGCCAACUUUUGUGUCCAAAUUCUUUAAAUGGGGGAAUGGUGCCUCAGUGGAAGCUUCCAAGAGGGAAGAGGAGAUGUAUCACUCCAUGAUGCUACACGCAACAAAACGCCUUGCGACGACGGCGGUUUCUCUUCUUGAAGUAAUUGAGGAUCCGGUAUGGGCGUUGAAUAUUAGCGGAUCCCUCAUUGCCAGCCAGCUCCUGCAUCCCAACGCAGUCCGGGCACUCUUGCGUCAUCGUACAGUGGAAUUGGCCAAGAAGCCACUCUUAUGGAGCCCUACGGUUGCCCUCGCAUACUGUCUUGUGACGCAACACAGUUUACGCACUUCAGUGCGAACGGAAAAGGAACAGUGCGUGCUGAAUCAACAAACAGAGGCGUUGCCAGUCCUGAAUGAAACGAUUGAUCCCUUGGAUACCACAGGAGUCGGAAUUCUGUCGCUGAUUUCACCGAAUUCUAUGGGGAAGGGUUCCAUUUUGGCGGCGGCUUCUUAUUCCAUGCAUGAGUUUCCAGAGCACUCGCAGGAAGAGCAGCAAACCCCGCCCCACCGGGAUCCAUUCCAUCUUUCUCAGACUCAACCAACACCCACGUCCGCCGAAGCCGCGAGUGGCAUGCCUUUCAAUUUGGGGCUUUCUGCUGCGUUGAUGGGGCGAGCAGCCUCCCUCACUUCGUCUCUCCGAUUUUCGCCUCUGCAGCUGUCUACUGCUCCUGAAGUCGAACACCCCUUCCCUUUACGGUGGCCCCUUCCAGAGAAGGUGCCCCCGACAGUGACAAUGCCUAACGUCAUUGUUAUGACGUGCAUGGUGCUUGGCGCGGGGACACUUGGCCAGCACACAGUGGUUGCACUCGGGCAAUGGUGUCUUCGCUCACUCACUGUUCUACCGGCCACACCAUGUGCAGUGGGCCUUACGCAUCUCAUGUUGAAAUACCCUCAGUUUCUGCAAAAGGCAUCCUUGCGGAUCUCUCCAGGCACCUUUUCGUCCUUCACUGCGACAUCCUCUUUCGCCGCCACCGCUGCUGCUGCUGCUGCUGCUGCUGCUAGUAACAAUAUUGGUGGCACUUAUGGGAAUGGGCAGGCGACAACGCCCUUUUGUAUCGCCGUAUUUAGGGAGGGCUGUCGUUUGGCGAAUACGGUAAUGUUACGGCAAGCAAAAUUACGCACGGAUGGUCGUCUGGCUAUGGUAUGGCAAAGAGACAAGGCAUUUGCAUCCGCAAGAAACGAGGUGAAUUCGAGUGAUUUUGAAGAAACGCCCUUUGUGAGUGAGGACAAUGCUCUCCAUGAGUUAUAUGAAGUGCAAUGCUACCUGGUGAUGAUGUUGCAGGCACUUGUCAUGCGGCAUGGCGUUCAGCUAGCUGCCGAUGCACAAGAGGAGUUAUUUUCAUUAUUUCUAACGACUACCCGUAUACGCAUUGCUGUUGGCACGCCGAAGGGAUUUGAAGGUGCGAUUUUGCCUGAUGAUGCUGAUGAUGAUGGUGGGGGUUAUCAAAUCCCCAAACGGACACUCUCGCAGUUGGUUGUAAAACUUGUGGACGAAUCCUUUAGGGCCGUUGCACGUGCGGUGGAUAUUCUUUUGCAUGACUACGAUGCCGGAUGUCCGCGUCAACUGUGUGAAUCUCUCAUGUCACUGUUGCCGCCCAAUAACAGUUUGUUUUCCGAAUUGGAUCGCGUUGGCGCAUGGGAAAAACACUUGGACUGUCUUGAGACCGUGCAGGCGGCGGCGGAAGCUUAUCGAGAAGCAUGCCGAUCAAAAUUGUCAGGCGUCCAGUCCCAAGAGGAAGAGGGUAUGGAUAUGGCACCCUCGUCGUCAUGGCCAUCACGUCACAAUUAUCAGAGGGAUCCGCUUCAAACGCAUGUCUCUCUUUUGGAGUUGCAGCAGGAGCUCGAAUUGCGGGCAAAACAGGCAGCGGGGGCUGUACGCAGUCGUGCGGAGGUGAUGUUUGGCUCUUUGAUUAGUGUGUUGCCCAGUUCUGGAGAGCCACUCUGCCUCUCUGCCACUCCGAGCAGUGGCCUCACCGCGGCUCAACAGUUGUGGUGGGUGGAGCACACGAUCGCCUACCUGGUGGAGGAAUGGUGGCGAAGCCGCGCUUCAACUCCGGUGCGGUUCCGUUUAGGUGUCGAUGACAAGGAUGAAAUAGAAAAAGACAUCCCCAGACUUCGAGAAGUGCAGAAGAGUUUCAUUCAGUGCUGCCCACAUCCCAUUUAA